ACAAAUAAAAACAACAACAACCACAACAACAACAGCAACAACAACAACAACAACAAUAAUGGUGAAAAUAGAAACAACCAUAAGAACAACAUUGAUCUGGAGAGUGAAACCAACAAUAUUAUUGAUUUCAACCAAGAAACAUUCUACAUGAAUGAAAACAGCAACAACAACAGAGAAAGGAAGACUAUAGAUGAUACACCGGAAAAGAAUGAUUUUACUAUAAGUGACCUGAAUCCUCUGAAAAGUCCAGACAAAGAGACAAAUGAGGAACUCAGCCUUUUCUCAUCAAGUUUGACUAGUUACACUGUAGAUUAUGAACCAGACUUUACUCAUCUAUAUGUUAGUAUUCAGGUCGAAAAUGGUUUAGGGAUAUCUGAUAGAGAGGAAGUAAUAUUCGUGCUGGGUAAUGGUACCAGCAAACCAGUGCCUGAACCAUCAGUAGAUAUAGUUGCACAAACAUCAGAUCCUGUGUCAAUAAACCUUCUAAUCCUCUGUAUAUCAAUGAUAAUCCUACUUGCUGUGAUAGUAGAUCUUCUUUGUCUCAUCUUAAUACGAAAAGGAUGCAUAUAUACGUUUCUCACAAAAACAAAGUUGUGCAGAAAGCUGGUUGGGAAAAACAAGAAGAGGUGUCGAGGCGGAUCUCGUAGAGGCAGAUAUUUUCAGAAAGAUUCUAAGGACUUUGUAUGACUAUAAAAUUCUAACAUCUGCUGAACAUCAAAACUCAUGAGAAUUCGGUGACUAGACAACAUACAAAAAUUAGUCAAAAUGUACAUCUUCACUGACUGAAACCUUUUGGGUUGGGCGCUAAAUAUCUAUAAAUAGUGUGAGUUAAAAAACAUGAAACUGAAAAAUUUAAGUCGUGUUCUUAAACCUAGAAAAAUACUAAAAUUUUAGACGUUAAAACUAUACGCUUACUCCAAUAAAUCCUCGCUGGUUUAUACAAUUCAACGACUAGUCUUAUGUUUUAUAAAUCUCACUGGAUCAUUUGAAAUGCGAUAAUACAUCAUCUGCGAAAAUUAACCUCUUUUGGCCUGAAUCUAUGUAAGAAAGUCUCAGGAAAUAAGGUUCUAUAAAAAAAUAACCUGGAAAUAAUAACUUUCGUUAAAAAGUCCCAAUUUUCUGAAGUCCUAGGACAGAUUGAUUCUGGAAAUAAAGUCCUAAGUUUUAGAUUUCCGGGACUUUUUUUCCUAAAAUAAUAUGGGGUCUACCAAUAAAGUCUCAGGAAAUAAAUCACAUGAAAGUCGGAAGUCUUGGUAAAUGAGGUCAAUUCUUAGACGUUUACAUAAAAAGGACUUUUCCUCAAUGGAUCUGUAUAUUAAAUAUAGCCAUGGUUGUAAACAUUCUUUGUUCCAUUUUCCACUAUACGAGAACUUUUUUCUGGGGACUUUUUUGUAUAAAAUCAUACUGGAGCCAGAAAAAAACACCUAUUUCCACAGGUCUUUUAUAGUGCCAAAAUUUAGGACUUUAUUUCUAUAAAAAAAGUUUCAGAAAACCUAAAUGACCUUUACAAAACUUGUUUUUGGUUUAUUUUUUUAUGUAUCGUCAAUUAAUUGGCCUAAACUUUAAGACAGAGUAUUAAUUGGAAACCUGAGUUUUGAAGAUCGGAAUACCUUACAAGGAAGCAGGCACCUCUAUAACUGUGUUUCCACAGAAUUGUACUGCAUAUUGUGUAUCUACAUUCCUUCCACAAAUUGCAGUAUACAGUGAGAACCAAAAAACUCUAGAAUUGGAAGUCGACUGAAGUCAUGACUUAAAAUAUUCCAAUGAACAUGAGGCACAGUAAUUAUUAUGCAGUGUAAACAGACCCAUUUCACCUAAUGAUUGAUUAAAU